UCCUAUUCUGUACUCCACUUUACCAAACUACAACCGCGAAAAACAAACCUCUCCAGUCCCGAAGUAUUUCCUCGUCAAGACCAAGACCAAGACCAUGGCUACGAUCUCAGCACUCGACAAGCCUUUACAGUAUCCAAUCGUUCGCCGAGACGACACUGUAAUUGACGAUUACCAUGGUGUAAAAAUCGCAGAUCCUUAUCGAUGGCUUGAAGAUCCUGAUGCAGAGGAGGUAAAAGAGUUUGUUCAGGAGCAAGUAAAAUUGACAGAAUCAGUGUUAAAGGCAUGCGAUACGAGAGAAAAACUUCGUGAAACAAUCACCAAGUUAUUCGAUCACCCGCGAUAUGAUGCGCCGUCUAAGCGAGGGAACAAGUAUUUUUACUUUCAUAAUACUGGGCUUCAGGCUCAAGACGUCCUCUAUGUGCAGGAUAGUUUAGAGGGAGAGGCAGAGGUUUUGCUGGAUCCAAAUGAGCUAAGUGAGGAUGGGACGGUGUCAUUGAAUAGCUAUACGAUUUCGGCUAGCGAGGAUGCUAAGUACUUGGCUUAUGGGAUUAGUAAGAGCGGGAGUGAUUGGGUUACGAUUAAAGUUAUGCGCAUCGAGGAUAAGAUAGUUGAGGCUGAUACUUUAAAUUGGGUUAAGUUUACCAGUAUUAAGUGGACUCAUGAUAGCAAAGGGUUCUUCUAUGGCCGUUAUCCGACUCCCAAAGAGGGAGAAAACUUAGAUGCUGGGACAGAGACUAAUUCUAAUCUUUAUAAUGAGCUAUACUAUCAUUUCAUGGGAAAGAAUCAAUCCGAAGAUAUACUAUGCUGGAGAGAUCCUGAAAACCCCAAAUAUGCGUUUGGAGCUGAUGUGACAGAUGAUGGAAAAUAUCUUCUCUUAUAUAUUGGUGAGGGCUGCGAUCCUGUCAACAAAGUAUACCACUGUGAUAUGUCUGCAUUUUCUGAUGGCCUUGAAGGUUUCAAGGGAGGAAAAAGCCUGCUCCCAUUUACUAAGCUUAUUGAUAACUUUGAUGCACGGUAUCAUGAGAUUGCAAAUGAUGGCACAUCGUUUACUUUUUUGACUAAUAAAGAUGCCCCUAAAUAUAAAAUAGUCCGGGUAGAUUUGAAGGAGCCUAGUAGCUGGAUAGAUGUUAUCCCAGAAUCUGAAAAGGAUGUCCUGGAAUCAGCAUAUGCUGUUGAUGGUGAUAAAAUGAUUGUCAGUUACUUGAGUGAUGUGAAGCAUGUUCUACAAAUAAGGGAUUUGAAAACAGGAUCUCUACUGCAUCAAUUACCGAUUGACAUUGGUUCAGUUACUGGGAUAUCUGCACAGCGAAAGGAUAGUACAGUAUUUAUUGAGUUUACCAGUUUUCUCACCCCCCGUAUAAUAUAUCAAUGCAAUUUAGACACUGGUGUUCCAGAUUUGAAGAUAUUUCGUGAAAUUAGUGUGCCAGGAUUUGAUCGUACAGAGUUCCAUGUGGAUCAGCUUUUUGUGACUAGCAAGGAUGAUACCAAGAUACCAACGUUUAUUGUUGCCAAGAAGAAUAUAAAGUUGGAUGGGUCACACCCAUGUUUGUUAUAUGGGUAUGGGGGAUUUAACAUUAGUCUUACACCAUCGUUUAGUGUCAGUCGUACUGUACUGACUAGGCAUUUAGGUGCUGUCUUCUGCAUUGCAAACAUUCGUGGCGGCGGAGAAUAUGGUGAGGAAUGGCAUAAAGCAGGCUCACUUGCCAGAAAGCAGAAUUGCUUUGAUGACUUCAUUUCUGUUUCUGAAUAUCUUGUAUCUGCUGGCUAUACCCAACCAAAGAAGUUGUGCAUCGAAGGAGGCAGCAAUGGUGGGCUUCUUGUUGGGGCUUGCAUAAAUCAGCGACCUGAUCUGUUUGGUUGUGCUCUGGCUCGUGUUGGUGUUAUGGACAUGCUGCGAUUUCACAAGUUCACUAUAGGUCAUGCAUGGACUUCUGACUAUGGCUGUUCAGACAAGAAGGAAGAGUUUGGUUGGCUAAUCAAGUACUCGCCGCUGCAUAAUGUUCGCAGACCAUGGGAACAACAUCCUGAACAACCUUCACAGUACCCACCUACCAUGAUAUUGACUGCUGAUCAUGAUGAUCGAGUUGUGCCAUUACACUCUCUGAAGCUGUUGGCUACCAUGCAAUAUAUUUUGUGCACGAGCUUGGAGAAGAGUCCUCAGACAAAUCCGAUAAUUGGUCGCAUUGAGUGUAAGGCUGGACAUGGAGCUGGACGCCCAACUCAAAAACUGAUUGAUGAAGCUGCUGAUAGGUAUAGCUUCAUGGCAAGGAUGCUUGGCGCUUCUUGGAAUGAGUAAGACCAGACUUGAAUGAAGGAGAAUAUGCAUUCAACAGAUAGAAAAUAUCCGCUGGAAUUGGAUGACCUUGUUUCCCAUUGUUUGAGUUUCUUUUCCCAAAUUGAAUUUGACCACAGUUGAUUGUGUCUAUAAUCUGCAAAGCUGAAAAUAAGCAAUUCAAAACCUCUAAAUAUAGACAAGAAUCUUAUUGAGCCAAAAAACAGUUCAUCUUCA